AUAAAUCAGACCCAGGACUUUUCUAGCCAGUCUUUUCCCCCAAGUUUCCAAGAGAAGAGAUUACUCAGUCAUUGGUUUACUGGGAGCAGAGCAUGCUUUUUAAGGGCUUCUAGAGUAUCCCCACCCCUAACCCUUGCUGAGGAAGCCCAGCCUUGAAGGUGUAUAAGUUGGUACUCUUGAAGCGUCCUUCCCUGACUUGGUCUUCUCUCCCUCCAAAAUGGACAAGUCCCUCCUUCUGGAACCCUUCAUCCUGUUCUGCUGCAUUAGGGUGCUAUCUGGGUCUCUUGGAGAAAAACCAAACAAGGCUGUUUGUCCCUCCUGUCAGGCUCCACGCCCAGAGAGCAUAGAUGAUGACGUGGUUUUUGCUGACGAUAUCUCUAGUAAGAAAAUUGUUCACUGUAGGAUGUGUCAUCUACAAUUCCCUGGAGAGAAGUGUAUGAAAGGAUAUGGAAGAUGUAUGGCAACAACAGAAGAGGCCUGCACAGUUGGGAAGAUUUUCAAAACGGAUGGCAGCUUCUGGUUAACUUUCAUGGGCUGCUUAAAGAACUGUGCCAAUGUAAGGAACAUACCGUGGAGCAUCUAUCGGGUGAGCUUCACAUGCUGCCGGGGCUACGACCUGUGCAAUGAAAACCUUUAGAAGUUACCACUCCUUCUGUGGCUCGAACGUCUGUGCGGCAUUUGGUGUCAGCGUCUUCACAAUGACUUUCUUAUAAAGCCACCCUGAAGAGAAUUGCAAAUACAUGUCAUACGUGUUUGCAGCUUUUGUAUGUGAAAGUAUAAUCACUCUCCUUUUCUAGAGUGGCAGGCUCAAAAAAUGAAUGAAUGAAUGAAUAAAUGAAUAUCCUUGACAGCAAGAUCAAUAUAUCCUACAUGUGGUUAGAAAACCUAGUGCUAUCACCAACCACGUGAGAAAAUAAUACUUAAUAAAAAUACUUAAAUUUCAAAAA